AUGUGUCCGAUUCCUGGUAUGACAAUUGAGAUGAAAAGUUCUGCAGAGAUAACCUUUACAGUAGUGGAGACCGGAUUGACUCAGACUUUAGCUGUUGUCGGACUGUAUGCAGAGGAGAGUUUCCUCUUAGACGAUAUCUUACAAGAUUACCAUAUCGAUUGGUAUGAUACAGCUCGUCCUUCCUAUAAAAGCAGCAUUCUGGUGAAUAAAUGUGGCACCGUCGAUAGAGAUCCUCACGUAACAACGUUUGAUGGUGUCAAGUACGAAUUCCAAGGUCCCUGUACGUAUGUACUAACACAAGAUUGCAGUGAUAUAAAUAAUCCGUUAUUUCAAAUCACUGCUGAUUUCCGUGGGAAAUAUUCUGAGUUGAAAUCGAAGUAUCUAACACGCAUUGACGCUGUUAAUAUCAACAUUAACGGAAAUCAGAUUGUAAGAAUACUGAAGGACAAUACUUUCCUGAUAAAUGGCAAACUAACCAAAUCUUAUACAGUAAUUGGCGAUAACGACGGCACAGUGGAUAUCAAAGAUGGUCACCCUACUGUUACAUUGUACAAGGUUGGUUUGUCACUCACAUGGCUGAAGGAGACCAGUGCCGUGGACAUUUCAUUUACCGGAAGUGAAAUGCGUGGAAAUGUAUGCGGGUUACUGGGAAACAAUAAUGGGAACCCCGAUGAUGACCUCAUGACACCUAAUGGUAAUAUAGUUUCUGAUGUAUACGAGUUUGGAGAGAGUUGGACUGUACCUGGGAGAUGUGAUGUACGUGUGAAUAUUCAAGAUAUGGGUAUUAUUGACUCAGGCGUUAUGCCAAAUGAUGCCAUAUGUCGCAACACAUGA